AUCUGUGAGUGGGCGUUUGGGUGCAGGCGGUUCAUGCGUCGGGGCGAGGGUGCCAUGGAGGGGGGCGCCUCGUCGACGUGCCCGGCCGUCGUUCGUCGCCGGGAACGCAGUGUGGCCCGUUGGUUGACCUGGCCGUCUGUGAUUCAUUCGCGUGGCCUGGCACUGUUCGGCGGCGUGGGUCGUGGUGGGUGGGUCGUCUCCCUUAUCCUGCAUCGCCGCCUGCCUCUUCUCCUCCCUCUUCCUUUCGUUUCGUUUCGGUGCUCGCUCCUCUUCAUGCUCCUGCUCUUUGGUUCGCGAGUCGUCGCUAGGGUUGGUUGCCGAGGGGCUCCAAUGGCGUCGCACCGCGGUGACGCCGGUUAAGCUUCCGUUGUUCUCCUCUUCGCUAGGCUUGGAUCUGCUGCGCCGCUCGUCGAUCUGUGGCUGCUCCUGCCUGGUGUCCUCGCAUGUUCGUCGUCGUGUACGUGUUGGUCUUCGCGUCUUGCUCCAAGGAUCUGCAGGUUGUUUCAGUUUAUAGGUUAUUUCUCUGAGCCGGCCGUGUUGCUAGGCCCUGCUGUCUGGUGGUGCUGUUUUUUGCUGUACAUGGUUAUCUUCAGAGCUACAGCUUGGAUCCGUACGUGGUCCUUACUCACUCCUAUGGACUCCAGGGAGCCUUUGGUUACUGGGUGCAACCAAUGGGAGAUGGUGGCUCGGGUUAUAUUCACAACCGGUUCGGAUGGCGUUCGCAUAACAGGAUAGGAGUCCAGAGAGCUUAUCCUUAUUAUUACCGUUCCAGGAGAAUCUGCCUAAAAGUUUUGUCUAUUGAGCAUCUCUGUACCUGAUUACUCAAAAGAGGUUAACCCAUGUUGUGCUGUUGUCUGUUAAACAAAAAAACUGAUGAAAUAUAUUUGCCCUUUCAAAUCCAUUUGGUCAGCUGAAUUUAUUAUGCUUUUCUGAAGUGACUGCUUUGUGUACCGGCUAUUGGUCGUUUUGAUAUUUCUGCACACUUUCUGCAUGUUUGCUAUUCUCAUCGUUCAUUAUUUAAAUUACUCAUAAGCCUCUUACAAGUACUAUGGAUUAUUAUUAUUGCUAGGAUAAGCAUUGCCACCAAUGCAAGAAAACAAGAUUUCCUUUUGCAUAUUCCUUGCUAUCUUAGAUUGUAAUGUUUAACACAAUUCCGGCUUAUAAUGCUGCUGAUGUCCAGUUGUUAGAAUUUAGAUAUGACCAUUCCUAUAUCUCAAGCUAUCUGAAAUUAUAAGUUUUGACAUAUUUUCAGUUUGGUGCUGUUGUUUAAUAACUGGUCCUUACAAUUAUAGUUGGCCAAAAUUAUUGAACUCUUAGCAAAAUUACUAAAACAAUAUGUUGUGCGCAUUAUUUUUGAACGAGCUUAUGAUGGAUCCUUAUCCACAGGGCAAACUCCUGAGAAUUUAUCCAUUCUGGAAGGUUCUUUGCUCGGAGCUCUUAAACUUAUUAUGCUGAUAGGUCUCGUGAUCAUUUCUUUUGGUCCAAGUUAUUCAUACACCCUUCUGAAUCUACUAUAUGGAGGAAGAUAUAGUGAUGGCGAAGCUACAGCUGUCCUCCGUUACUAUUGUGUUUACAUAAUCUUCUUAGCAAUGAAUGGCAUGUCUGAAGCUUUCCUUCAUUCUGUUGCAAAUGAAAAGCAGCUUAAGCAGUCAAAUGAUAUAUUGCUCCUCUUCUCAGCAAUUUAUAUUGUUCUAAAUGUUACUUUUAUUAAAUCUGCCGGAGCUAUUGGGUUGAUUGCUGCAAAUUCUGUCAAUAUGCUACUGCGAAUCUCAUAUUCUGCAAUAUUCAUCGAAGAGUAUUUUAAGGGCUCAUUCUCCUUUCGCCACUGCUUGCCAGCGGGCUGGGGCGUUCUGCUCAUUUCUGGUGCGACCACAGCUUUCUCCGAGAGGGUGUUUCUGAAUAGAAAUAGGUUCAAGCAGACCCUUCCCAUUCACAUGGCGAUAGGCAUCAUGUGCCUGAUCUUCUCAUUGCUUGAGAUAUACCAUGGCGAAAAGCAGUUCUUGAUGAGCAUCAUCAAAUCGUUGAAGGGUCACGACAAACACACAUGAUUUUUAUAUAUCCGGGGCAAGUGGAUUUACCCCAGAUAUUACUGAUAUUGCCAUACAACAAAAGCGUUGUAAAUACAUGUACACUGGCUAGAGUACCAAAGAAAGGAGCUGGACCCAGCAGUUGGAGAGGCUUCUUAAAGAACAUAUCAAACUGUCCGAAAUCAUAGAUCGCCGCUCUGCAGUGAAUUGAAUUGCUGGGACAAGUUAUAGAAGCGACAUAAAGCAUAGAUCAUGUGGGUAGAUAGGUAGUAUAUUCUGUAACUUCUCCACAUCAGACUUAUUAAGGUUAAAUUGCAGCAUGGUUGUCAGAA